AUGUCGUCGUCUCUCGCCCGAUCGGCCCCGCUCGUGUUCCCGGCCGCCGGCAAGCACACGGCCACCGUCAUCUUCGCCCACGGCCUCGGCGACACCGGCAACGGCUGGGCGAGCGCCGUCGAGAACUGGAGGCGGAGGCAGAGGCUUGACGAGGUCAAGUUCGUCCUGCCUCACGCGCCCCAGAUCCCCAUCACCUGCAACUGGGGCAUGCGCAUGCCGGGCUGGUUCGACAUUAAAAAGCUCGACGGCACCGUCGAGGGCCUCCGCGAGUCCGAGGACGAGCCCGGCAUCCUUGCCUCGGCCCAGUACUUCCGGUCCCUCAUCCAGGCCGAGGUCGACGCGGGCAUCCCCGCCGACCGCAUCGUCCUCGGCGGCUUCAGCCAGGGCGGCGCCUUGUCCAUCUUCGCCGGCCUGACGUGCCCGCAUCGCAUCGCCGGCAUCGUCGGCCUGUCGUGCUGGCUGCCGCUCAGCAACAAGUUCGCCGGCCUCGUGCCCGCCGACAAGCCGAACCAGGACACGCCUCUCUUCCUGGGUCACGGCGAUGCCGACCCCCUCGUCCGCCAUGAGCUCGGCGCGCUGAGCGCCGAGGCGCUGACCAAGCUCGGCUACAAGGUUACGAGGAAGAUUUACCCCGGCAUGCCUCACGCCGCAUGCCCCGAGGAGCUGGACGAAGUUGAGGCUUUUCUGCGGGAGAGACUGCCGCCGACUCAGAAGUGA